AUGAAAGUCAAAUUAAAAAGAAAAUCUUGUUUUAAGCAGCAUUAUUUGUACCAAAAUGUUCGCCCUAUGUUAGUUGUGAGGGCUUUGAUGGAUCUUAGACACCAACCAUUGUAUAAAGGCGUAGAAAUUGACGAAGAAUGGUAUAGCCAUGUUACAAAUUAUAUUCAGGCAAUAACAGAGGAGACAGAAUUGUUAGUUAGUGAAGAGUCUGAUAAGAGUGACAAUGAUGAACCAGUAAAUCCAGGAACUAUAGACACUAUGGUCGAAAAUGGUGACUAUGUGUCUUUUGCUCCAGGUGAAGGUAUGAGACCCUUAUCCAUCCUAAUCGAUGACCAUGCUGAAGAAAAAGCGUUUCCUAAUUUGUUUGGUGGCCAUCCUAGAAAACUUAAAGAUCCGUUAAAAAAUUACUCCAAGGUAAUUAGAUCAGAACUUUUGAAUUCAGAUAGGCGUUUUGCAGCAGACACGCCAAAUUUAUUUUUCAAAUGUAAAGUUUUUGUACACAAACAAAUUUCAAGUAAUGUACAAAUAAUUAUGCGUAAAAAUAAAAAAGAAAAUUUAAGAGCUAGCGACGUUGCAAAUUCUGAAAAUCUAACGAGAAUGAUUGAUGGUGAUCAAGGCUACCGUUUAUUACACAAUAUACAGAAUUCACCAUCACAUUUAGCCGCUAUAAGGAAAAAUACUUUUGCGAUGGUAAGACAGUUAGGUCACCCUACUAUAUUUUUAACAAUUAGCCCAAGUGAGUCAUCAUGGAGUGAUUUAUUGAAAAUAUUGUAUAAAUUACGUCACAAAAUUGAAAUAUCUGAUAAAGACGCUUUAAAUUUACCAUAUGCAGAAAAAUCAAAUCUAAUCAGAGACGAUCCUGUUUGUGCUACAUAUUUUGAUCAGAGAUUUAGAGCUUUGUUUAAAUUGAUAAAAAAUAAAAAUGGAAUUUUUAAAGAACACCCAGUUUACCAUUAUUUCUAUCGUGUUGAAUAUCAGCAUCGUGGAAGCCCUCAUGUUCAUAUGAUUUUAUGGCUUGUUAAUGCACCUCAAUUUGACCCUACCAAGCCGGAAAAAACAUUUGACGCCUGUGUGACCCUUAUAAAUAAGUAUAUACAAUGCAUGGUUUCCAAAGACAGCCCUGCGUAUGCAUAUAGCAAAUCAAAACAAACUCACCGUCAUACACAUACUUGUUAUCGUAGUGCAAAAGACAAAGAGACUAACAAUUGUCGAUUUAAUAUACCUUAUCCUCCAAUGAAAGAAACUUUUAUAGCAUUAUAA